UUGGUUAGUUUACCAAAAAGUCAAAAUAAAAUUAGAUAAGUCAACAGUUAGACUUCUGCAUAUAUUUUGUCCUGAUUUAUUUAAAAUUUGAAAAAUUUGGCGUUCGGAGCUUUUUAUAAGUAAACUGCGAUAAUGUUGCGUUCCGUGACUAAACGCAUACUUCUAAAUUGUAUAUCACCCAAUAAAUUUCUCGUGGCUAGUGUAGCGUACCAGUUUAAAGUUAAAAAACCAUAUUACUAUCCUGACAGAAAAGAGGAAAUGAAGCGGAUGAAUGAACAAGCAAAAUCUCAAUUGGUAGCUGAACCUCAAAAACCGAAGGCGCUUCCGAAAGACCACUACUACCGUAUAUUGGGUGUGACUAAAUAUGCUUCUACUCCUGAAAUUAAGGCUGCAUACUAUUCGAUGGCUAAGCGUUAUCACCCCGAUUCAGGCAGUCAGUCGAAGCGUUUUACCGAAAUUUCUAACGCUUACCAUAUAUUGACGGAUGAGAUAAAGCGCAUGGAAUAUGACCAACUUGGUAUGGUUAAGGAUGAGCAAUCGUUUUUGCAAAAAGCUAAUUUAACAACGAGUUCUACAAAGCCUAAAAAACAAGAUUUGCAAACUCAGGCUCUCAAUAAGGAUGAGAUACUACAACUAGCCAAGCAGGAACCAGUGCUUGAACUUUCUUUUACCGAGUCUGCUCAUGGUGUCACAAAAAACGUUGAUUUGCGCUUUUUGAAAAAAUGUUUUACAUGCAACGGCAAGUCUCCAAAAUUGGCGAACCGUACCCGUACUGAACCGUGCCGUAAGUGUGGAGGAAGCGGACAGAUCAGUAAGAAGACUUCUACUUACACCACGGUCUCAGACUGUGACGCUUGUAAAGGAAGGCGUUUCAUCAACCGCAACAAAUGUGAUACUUGCGAUAAUCGUGGCUACAUAGUAGAAUCUGUGCGGGUAGUUGUGCCUGUACCAUCAGGAUUGAAAACAGGUGAUGUGCUACCAAUCGAAAAUCCCAAAACUAAACAGCGUGUCAAUUACCGUAUACAAGUUAAGGAAAGUGAAUAUUUCAGGCGCAUUGGAAACGAUAUACACACUGAAAAAUAUGUCAACAUAUCUCAGGCUAUUCUCGGUGGCAAUGUUACAGUGCGCGGUAUUUAUGGAACUAAUGAAGUUAAGAUUGAACCAGGUACUGAGAGCCACAGUAAAAUCGUUUUAAAGGGCAAAGGAAUAAAAGAACGAGAUUCGGUUGGAGAUCACGUAGUGUUGAUUAAAAUUCGUGUUCCCAAGGCAAUUAACAUGAAACAGAGACAGAUUGUUUUGGCUUUGUCCAAAACAGAAGAACCGAAUUUCGACCCAGCUGUAUAAAGUAAACAUCUCUCGUUUGUGGUCGAAUCCUUCUGCCCUUUCAACACUAUCACUUUUAUACAGCUAUUCGAGAUUGAUCCUUUGGCAAGUGAUACAGAUCUCUUUAUUACAUGUAUAUUUC